AUGCAAGCAAACCAGAAGAAUAAUGGUAAUAAUUCAAUUCUUCGUGGUGGAUUUAGCUCGCAGCGUGGACGAGGCGGUGGUCACAGUCAUGUUGGCCUUGGCGGCCAUAACACGAAUGCGUGGCAGGUACAUGACAACAAACGAAACAAACAGAUUCUUGCACUUCACAAGAUCGCCUAUCAGUCAUCUACUAAGGUACCGGCUGACUUAGCUGUAGACGGAGGACUGUCACAACAUUAUUUCCAUGGUUCAUGUACACAUACAAGUGACUACGAAAUUGCGGCAGGUACCUACUGGGAGGUAGACUUGUGCGGAAAAGCCUUCAUUCAUCACGUGACGAUAUAUAACCGAGAGGAUUGCUGUGGUGACAGACUGAGAGAUGUCGAACUAUACAUUGGUAAUGAGAGAAGGAGCUACAGAUUAGUUGGUUUUCAUAAAGGUGUUGUAGGGUCUGUGUACACAUUCGAACUUGAAAACGAUGUGUUCGGGCAGUGGGUUCGGAUAACAAGGAUUCCAUCUGUUAUUGAUAUCUUGGCGCUUUGCGAGGUUCAAGUUUUUGGAUAUAAACUUCAGUUGACCUUCAGAGAUCAGCUGGAUGCUGACGCAUUGGAGAGAGGGCUUACUUUCACAGUUUUGCCCUCCCAUACACCGAUAACGUUGUACCCCCCUGGGAUGCGUGACGCGUGGAUCAAAAACCUACCUGCAAUCCGUGACACAUCCUGGACACAUAACGUCCUUCAGUAUCGCGCUCUAACAACGCUGGGAGAUGAAGUAGCUGCCCUGCCCACUUGCCAGCCGCGUUGCCGUGGUGCUCUGACCCUCUGA